AUGUCGGCUCCGAAGAUCAUCGUCCAUGGCAGUGGUGACGAGCUUCAGGAGGGAGACGAGGAUCACCACCCUGACGUCGAGGCGGGUGACAGCGGUGGCACAACGACGACGAGCAGUACACAGGUGGCGGCGCCGGGGCGGGAGCGCCUCGUGUCACUCGACGUCUUCAGGGGGAUCACCAUUGCGCUCAUGAUCAUUGUUGACGAUAUUGGUGGUCUCAUUCCAAAGAUAAGCCACUCGCCGUGGGAUGGCGCCACACUAGCGGAUUUUGUGUUCCCCUUCUUCCUCUUCGUCGUGGGAAUCUCAUUGGCCUACGCCUACAAAAGGGUGUCAAAUAGAGUGUCAGCAACCAAGAAGGCCGUGCUCAGAGCUGCAAAUCUCUUUCUUCUAGGCCUCUUGCUUCAAGGUGGCUUCUUCCACAACAUACAUGAUCUUACAUAUGGGGUUGAUAUUGGCAAGAUACGAUUAAUGGGUGUCUUACAGAGAAUUGCAAUGGCAUACCUAGUGGUGGCGCUGUGCGAAAUCUGGCUACGGGGUGGUAGAGAAGGUGGCAUAGGCUCUGGCUACACAAUAAUCAGAAAAUACCGAUGCCAGCUUCUUGUGGGUUUAGUCCUCACGGCCAUAUACACAGUGAUUUUGUACGGUUUGCCCGUGCCGGACUGGGUGUACGAUGUCACAUCAUCGGACUCAACCAUGAAGCAUUUUGUAGUGAAAUGUGGAGUGAGAGGGCAUACAGGACCAGGUUGCAAUGCCGUUGGCAUGAUCGAUCGAAGUAUCUUUGGAAUCCAACAUCUUUAUACACGCCCGGUCUAUCUCAAAACAGAGUGGUGCAGCAUCGACUCCCCCAACAAUGGACCACUCCCGUCUUACGCGGCACCAUGGUGUGAAGCCCCUUUCGAUCCAGAGGGCCUCCUAAGCUCCUUGAUGGCAAUAGUCACCUGCUUGGUCGGGCUCCAGUUUGGACAUGUCAUCAUCCACUUUAAAGGGCACGACGAGAGAAUGGUGCGGUGGUCCCUCUCGGCGUUGAUAUUAUUGGCUCUAGGCUUCUCACUCGACUUGUUUGGGCUGCGUAUGAACAAGUCACUAUACAGUCUUAGCUACACAUGUGUAACGUCCGGCACAGCUGGCCUUUUCGUCGCGGGGAUCUAUCUGUUGGUGGACGUGUACGGUUACAAGAGGCCGGUUCUCCCAAUGGAGUUGAUGGGAAAGCAUGCCCUGAUGAUUUUUGUUCUGGUAGCAUGCAACGUCGCGCCAAUCCUGCGCCAGGGGUUCUACUGGAGGGUACCAAAUAAUAACCUUGUAAGGCACCUAAAUUCUCUUCAAUACCUUCUUUUCCAGGAAUUUAUCUCUGAUACUAAUUAA